AUGGAUUCGACCUUGACGCUAAUCAGCUCUCGUUCUCUAGUCUCACCGUGUAGCACUUUCGUCCUCACAAUCUUUCCCUGGCGAGCAGACAUCCAAGCUAGCCACCACGCCUGACGCCCGUCAUGGUGGUAAGGGCUCGCAAUCCCCUUCUCCUGUGACUCCUUCGCUGGCAUCGAGUUCCAAUCGACCGAAGCAGCGAGAUUUCUGGGAGGAAUGCGCGUCCGCCACAGCCGCGCCUUCCCCCUCCCGAAUCAGGCGUCCGCAUCUUCCUUGUCCAUCCUCUUUCCACGGUGAUUCUGAUGUUUAGGAUCACCAACGUCGCGGCUAGGGUCUUCAAGCGCCAAAUCCACGCUCCUCGUCCUGGUGCCAGUAUUAACUUUGUUAGACAAUUUUACGAGAAUCUUGUUCCUGGCUCUACUAUAUGUGAUAUUGAUUGUCCAGAUCAUUCAUUUCGGAAGUUCACAGAUGAUGGGCAGUACCUUGUUAGUGUCAGCAGGAACAUGCAGGAUAUCAUAGUUUUCAGACCUAAAUGGUUGUCAUAUUCAUUCAAGGGAGAAAAUUGUGAUCACCAAACCUUGACUCAGAAAGCGAAGAAGUUCGACAGUUUCUUUACUCAUCUGUACAGUAUAUCACUAGGAUCCAGCAAUGAAUUCAUUUGCAAGGAAUUCUUUCUUUAUCUGGAGAACCAUCAGUUUGGCUUAUUUGCAACAUCAACCACACAAACUCAUGAAGUUCCUCCUAUUGAGGGGGCAAUUCAUGGACUUCCUUCAAUAGACAAAAUAACUUUUCACCUUGUAAGACUGAAUGAUGGAGUGGUAAUGGACGAGAAAUCUUUUUGCAAUGACUAUGUCAACUUAGUGCAUAACAUGGGGGUUUUCUUGUAUGAAAAUUUGUUGUGUAUAUUGUCCUUAAGACAUCAGACAAUACAUAUCCUCCAAGUUCGUGAUUCAGGAAAUCUAUUUGAUGUACGAAGGAUUGGCCCAUUCUGCCUAGAGGAUGAUGAACUAUUUCUUAACUCUAAUUCUCAGUGUGCCGGAAUUAAUAAAAGCAGGCCUCAGGAAUUUGUUCAUCAGUCAAAUAACGAUAUUCAUCACCAGCAGGUUACAGAAGCAAAUUCUUUCAUUUCUGGUAUCAAGCAACGUCUGCUUUCCUUUAUUUUUAGAAAAGCAUGGAAUGAAGAACCAGAUCCAUCCUUGAGGGUUCAACAUCUUAAGAAGAAGUUCUAUUAUCUCUUCCAAGAUUAUCUUGAUCUCAUCAUGUUGAAGCAGGUUCAAUUUUUGGAUCGUCAGCAUCUUCUUUUGAAGUUUGGCAGUACUGAUGGUGGUGUUCGGAAUUCUGAUCAUCAUCCAGCAUUCUUUGCUGUUUAUAACAUGGAAACUACUGAGAUUGUUGCAUUUUAUCAGAAUUCAUCUGAGGAACUAUAUUCCUUGUUUGAGCGGUUCUAUGACUAUUUUCAUGCGGACUCGAGAGAGUCUGUGCAUGCUAAUUUCAUUUCUUCACACUCCAAUAAUAUUCAUGCUCUUGAACAACUGCAAAGCAUGAAAAGCAAAGCAAGCGGCUUCUCACAGUAUGUGAAAAAAAUGUUGGGCACACUGCCAUACACUUGUCAAUCACAAAGCCCUUCACCGUAUUUUGAUCUCUCACUCUUUCGCUACGACGAAAAGUUGAUUUCCUCCACAGACCGACAUAGGCACUCUACUGAUCAUCCAAUAAAAUUUAUUUCAAGAAGGCAACCAAAUGUCCCAAAAUUCAAGAUAAAGACAGGACUCGAUACCGGUGGUGCGGACAACAGGGUGAAGCGGUCCUCUUUCCUAUUCCACCCUUACUGGCCUCUUGUGCUUUCGAUCCAGCAGACGUACAUGCAACCGACAGUUGUGAACAUUCAUCUGAGGCUGUGAACUACAUGAUCACUUCUCUCUUAAAGGCUGGAAUUCCACAAAGCUUCUUCCAAGGCUAAACCACUGAAAUCUCUGCCCCCAUACAAAUACAAUUUUAUGGUUUAUGAGAGAGGAGGGGGAGUAUUAGACGAUCAUAGGGUCAUAAUUUAUACUAUAGCAGGUAAAAGUUCAUCGUGUAAUUUCCAAUAAACUUUUGUUCAGAUAGAAAUUUAGAAAGAAAUUAAUUAAUCGUAUGCAUUGUACUUGUUAACUGUCUAA